CGUUUGAAAUCGCCUACUGGUGAAGAGCUGAUCGCAGAGGAGGGACAAUGUAACUUUCAAUUUCGAUUUAAUUCACGAAAACAUGGAGUCCGCCUGAUCUGUGACCAAAGUCGUCGAAAACUGUUUGAGAUUUUUAAAGAAGGGUUUCGACAACGAGAAAACUUUAUAAAACCGGGACUGCUCGGCUCGACUGAGCCUUUCGGUUUCCGUCCCUGGCAGACAGAUAUAUACGGCCAUUGUUGUUACCGGAGUCUCAGCAGAGCAUCAGCAUGUUGGAAGAAACGGGGCCCGAGUGGUUGUCUGAGGAGGUGAAAACUGGAACGACCAUCAUAGCCAUAGAGUUUAAUGGAGGGGUCGUGCUGGGGUCUGAUUCUCGAGUGUCUGCAGGGGACUCAGUGGUGAACAGGGUGAUGAACAAGCUGUCCCCCCUCCAUGACAAGAUCUACUGUGCUCUGUCGGGCUCUGCAGCAGACGCUCAGACCAUCGCUGAGAUGGUCAACUACCAGCUCGACGUCCACAGUCUUGAGAUAGACGAGGAUCCCCAGGUCCGCUCAGCUGCCACUCUGGUGAGGAACAUCUCGUACAAGUACAAGGAGGAGCUGUCGGCGCAUCUCAUCGUGGCCGGCUGGGACAGGAAAGAUAAAGGACAGGUGUUUGCAACCCUGAAUGGUCUCCUGACGAGGCAACCUUUUGCAGUCGGUGGCUCUGGCAGCUCAUAUGUUUAUGGGUUUGUUGAUGCUGAAUAUCGUAAGGGCAUGAACAAGGAGGAGUGCCAGCAGUUUGUUGUCAACACUCUCUCUUUGGCAAUGAACCGUGAUGGCUCCAGUGGCGGCGUGGCCUAUAUUGUCUCCAUUGAUGAACACGGCACAGAAGAGAAAGUUAUUCUAGGGAAUGACUUACCAACCUUCUUUGAUCAGUGAUACAUGUCGUUUUUUUUUCAUCCCUAUUUUGCUGAGCCACUGUAGUGCAGGUUACAAUGACGUAUUUGUUUUGCUCCCAAUAGUCAUUAUUGCACACACUUUUUGGUUCAGCUGUCAACUAAUUCAGCUUAAAAAUAUAAAAAUACUUUUUGCAUUGUUCUAUGAUUCCCAUUUAAAAGCUGCUCACUCCCUCAGAUCAUCAUAUAAAGCAGACUAAGUUUGUGGCUCAUCAUUAGGGACUUUGAAAUAUAACAAAGAAGAAGGAUGACGGAAAACAUUUUGUGAGCUCUGUCCCUUCACCAAGUUCAGGACAGCUUUACAGAGGUAUAUGUGGAAAUUGCCCAUGUGUCUAUCAAAUGGUCUCUAGCCAUCAGGUCACUUCCUUCUCUUAAACUUGUUGCUAGACCAAUUUUUCAGUCCAUAUGGCUCCAGUUUGUGUUUUAAUUGUCCUGAGUGGCAAAGCAAAUGAAAGUAAAUGCACCUUCGUUUCACAAAACCUGAAGAACCCCCCACAGUCUGUAUAUUAACAGUCUAGGAGAACCCCUGACAUUCCUUUAUCCUCACUAGUCCCACAGAAACACGCCCACACUUUCUCCAACAGCAGCAGCAGUUGUCUGUCAGGUAUUCAGUCUGACAACCUAUCAGCAAAAAGUGAAAGUCAAAUUUGUUGCACAACCAGAAGAUUAUGUCUCCCUUUUAUUCUGACAAGAGUGUUUUUAGAUUAAGAUACUUAUUGAUGGUUUGUCACCUGCCUACAGGAUUUGCCUGAAUAUAAUUAAAAGCAUGAUUAAAUUGACAUACAUUGUGAAAAUACACUAACAUGGCAUAGCAAAACAUGAUUUAAUGUCAAUUGUGGGAAAUUUUUAAAUAAUUAAAGGCCAUGCGUUGAAAGAUUCA